AUGAUCUGCAACACAUGUCGCCGCGCAGCAAUGCGCUCAACCCGUGCUCCUCUACGCACCCUCCUCCGCAUUCCCACAACCAUCACCCGUCUACCUACAACAACUCCAACAACACUUCGUCGUCUCCUCUCAACCUCCAUCCCUCGCUUCUCCGCCGCCGCUCAAGAAGAACCCGACCUCCCAUCCAUGAGCCCCGCCGAAGCAGCCAUUGCUGAAAUCCUAUCCGAAAAGCUUUCGCCUACCGAACUGCUCGUCCAGGACGUCUCGGGCGGUUGCGGGAGCAUGUACGCCAUCGACAUUACAUCGCCUGCUUUCAAGGGCCAGACUAUUCUCAAGCAGCAGCGCAUGGUUAAUGCUGCGCUGGGCGAUCUUGUCAAGAGCUGGCAUGGAGUUCAGAUCAGGACAAAGGUUGCUUAAGCUGAGGCGAGGCUUGAAGAGAGAGAGAAAAAAAAAAGAUAUCCUAGAGAGGAGGCCGUUAUGAUUGUACGACUACAGGGGAACAAGCGAUAGAGAUCAGAAUGUCAGGCUCAACAAGGAUUACAAUUGUGCAAGACUUCAGCUUCUACUACGGCCCAACAACACAAGCACAGGGUAUAACUAUUGUAAAAUACAAGAGGGAAACGACAGUUAAAUGAAAUAAAGUGAUCUAGAAUCAA